UCUGGAGGAAAAGCUGCUGUGAAUCAGUAAAAAUGUCUAAAGUCCAAACGCUGAGAGCUUUUGUGAAGCAGCGACUAACUGCGGCUGCUGAAGAGAUAUUUGAGCAGUUUGAAAGAACGAUAGCAGAGUACGAGGAGGAAGUUUGUCGACAACAGAAACUACUGGACGCUGUUUUCAAGCCUGAAGUCCGGUUACACAGAGCAGAUGACCAGCAGCUUUUAGUGAGUCAAGACGAGUGGAGUCCCAGUCUGGACCAGGAGGACCCACCAGAGCUGCCACACAUUAAAGAGGAGCAGGAGGAACCCUGGAGCAGUCCGGAGGGAGGGCAGCUUGGAGGGCUGGAGGAGUUCACAUUCAGUCCUGUCCCUGUGAAGAGUGAAGAGGAUGAUGAAGAGAAACCUCAGUCGGAAAAGGACAGAGAUGCAGAGUAUGUGAAAACAGGAGCUGAUGGAGAGGACUGUGGAGGAUCAGAACCAGACAGGAAGUUUAGUCCAGAUCAUUUACAACCAGCUACUCAUGACAAGACUUCAGACUCCUCUGAACCUGAGACUGAUGACAGUUGUAGUAAGUGGGAGGAGAGCAGAGAACCUCAGUCAGGCUUAAAGCCUGGAAGUGAUCUGGAAGGUAACUCUGGAAAAACAUCGAUCAGCUCCUCUGCUACAAACUUUGGCCACAUGGGAAACCUGCAGAGACGACAAACAGUGGCACCGUUUAGUUGCUUGGUGUGUGGUAAAAGAUACCACCACAGGAAAACCUUCAGUAAUCAUAUGAGACUUCAUUCAAAAGAAAAAACAUUCAGCUGCCCAAUCUGUAAAAAAGCGUUUCCAUGGAGAGGAGACAUUCCGACACACAUGAGAAUCCACACAAGGGAGAAACCCUUCACUUGUCCAGUUUGUGGCAAACUAUUUGGACAAAAAUCACAUCUCAACCAACACUUUACUGUCCACACGGGGGAGAAACGCUUCAUUUGUUCACUGUGUGGGAACGGAUUUUCACGACAAGCAACUUUGAUACGACAUUCGGCUGUCCACACGGGAGAGAAACCAUUCAGUUGCACAGCUUGUGGGAAAAUAUUUGCACUGCAUGAUAAUCUGAGACGACACAUGACUGUCCACACGGGGGAGAAACCAUUCAGUUGCAGUGUUUGUAAUAAAAGAUUCACUCGGCGUCAGAUUCUCAAAAAGCACAAGUGUGCUGGUGAGAAGCCGCAAAAGAAAAUGAAGCCGCAGUCACAAAGUAAAUAAGCUGAGCUGCCUUUUUCAGGCAGGACUGAAGCACAGAGGGCAACAUUCGGCUGAACACGGAUCAGUUCAAAACUGUGAUACCAACUCCACCGAAGUCAUGUUUCAUCUUUCCAGUGAAGAUGAAGGCACAAGAUUAUUUUUAUUCUGUUUUAUCUGUGUUAGGUUAUUUAAUUGUUGUCCAGUAACUAUGCAUCACAUGUAUUCAUUGAUUUAAAAUGAAUUAAAAUUGUGUUUUGUCACCUGUACAGCACGAUGGUCAACAUGUGUCAUAAGAUUUCUAAAAGAAAUGACCUGACUUACUUCCCAAUAACACCAUUUCUUUCUAAUUUAACUGGCUCUCUGGGUCUUGAAUUGAUCUCUCUUUAUGUCUGGUUGAGUCUCAGAUUCGUUGUGUCUGUCCACAGGUCAGCUGGCUUUGGGUCUCAUGUCUCUGAUGUCAUCUUUGACAGGUGAAUGAGCAUCAGGGCUGAGAGACAGACUGUGACUGACGAGAUCUGGACUUGGUUUUUAUUCUGGUGAGAUUUCAGAAUCUCCUCUCACAUGCUGCACAGCUCAAAGGCGGCAGAAGAGACGGCUCUUACAUCGAGUCUGAGCUGCUGCGAUGAAGCUAACAUCCUCGGCAUAGAAGACAGAGGACGAGUGCGUUCAGAAAAACAUGAAACAGAACUUGUUCUUCAUCCGACCUGAUUCACAGUUUAACAAGUGGGUGACUGGACUUCUCAGCCUGACUAGCUUGCUUGUUAGCAUUAGCUUGCCACGUUCCCGUGCCUCUUACUCUGUUUGUGUUUACCGUGUAAUAGAUGAUGAAUGUGAAACACCUGUUUGUCUUCUAGAUGCGGAUGUGAACGAUGAAUCUUGCACCACAUUUUGUUGUGCUGAUUGUUCGCUUCACGUCAUGGAGCCGUGUCUCAGAUACAAGUCUUUUCUUCUUCUCUGGUUUCAGUUUGACGUUUCUUUGUUGGUGGCUGAAGGUCAGAGCAGCUGCUCAAUGUCUGUUGUAUUUUAGACAUCUGUAACAGUCGGUCGCUUCAUCGAAUCAAAUGUGUCGACACAAACGUAAUCAGUAUGUAUUGAUGACCGAUGACUGUUGAUGAUUGGUACACGGAGGCAUGAUUUCAAACACCUAUAGCGACGAUGUGCAGCCCUGUUUACUGCAGUUUGUUUUGUUGUGGCAACAAACCUCCAUGUGACUACAAAGACAAAUUCCUCCACCCAGGCUCAGGAAGCAUAAAGAGGGAGCUUUGUACAGAAGCGACUGUUGGUGUCAUGUUCGAUAACUUCCUGUGUUGCUCCACCCUCUGCUAUGAUUCAGAUUUUAUUCAAUUAAAGGCCCUAAAUCUACUGAUUCUAAAAUGUUUGUGUGUUCCUGAUGGCCAUUUUGUCUGUUGAUGAUUCCAGAUGAACUGAUGGAUUUUCAACACCUCUCAUAUCACGACUGCCGUCCCUCAGGAUUGGAAAGAGUCUCUGCAGUACUGUUCUCACUGCUUUCAGCAAGUAUUGUCCCUGUUGUGCCAAACUCAUGGAAUCACUAGUUAAUGUC